UAUAUAUAUACAUUCGGAAUUAAACCUCUCUCGUUUGUGAUAAAUACUAAGUCUUACUACAUUACUGUAUUUUAAUGUUGGUCAUUACUGUGGUACAGUGAAAAAGGUUUGAAAAAAAAUGGAUGAAUGGAGCUAUGUGUACUAUCGCAAACAUCCGCUAGAUGGGGCUAUUGUACAGUUUAAUCACCUAAUCCCCACUGCGCAAACAUUUAUUAUAAAUUUGGAGUCGUGUUUCUGAGUUUCUUUGUGUUUUUAUCAGAUGAACCAAGGUUUUCUUUCAAAAGAAAAUUGCAAUGUUGGUCAUUAGGAGCCCUCUCGGCCACCGUAGCAAAAAGUUUUACACUAACCCAAGGGAUUUUGAGCAAGAAAAAAUGUCCAAAAAAUGAAAUAAACCAGUGAAAAGAACAAUAAUAUGAAUUAUGAAUACCUAGUACCUCAUCUGUGAACGUAGCAAGAGAGAGAAAAAAAAAAGCAUAAAGUGGAGUUUGUCAGAAAAUCGUCGACAUAAACAAUAAAGACCAUAAAAGUGUGUCUAAAAAUAUUCAAUUAGUCAACAUUUCAUCGGAUUCCACAGAUUUCGCAGCAACAAGCUGCCGCUUUUCCAUCAAGCUAGCAUGAGAUAACCGGAUAUUUGAAUGUACUGCUUUCAAAAUACAAGAUAUUUUCACCUUUAACGGUUGCCAAUUGGGACGGCUCCUCUUGAAAACGUACAACUAAUAAACUCUUAGAUGUUUUGACCUGAAUUAUCUUGAUAAACCGGCCUAAAUAGCUCAUUUGGCCUCGGUUGAGUUCCUUGUUCAUGGCUAAAAUGAGAACAUUUAUCCGAAACGGAAGUGGUGUUGUGUUAUUUCCGGCCACUUGACGAUUUGCAGAGCGGUCGCUUGUGACCGGCGACAAACACAACGACGAGCAGAGCACAGCUUCAUUCACUCACUCACGUUCAAAAGGGGGAAAAAAAACAAACAAUAUUUGAUCAUUUAAUGAUGGAUUGCUCAGAGGAAGUGGCAACUGUGUGCGAGGAGCCUGGCGUCCAAGCGGACCUGAAAAAGGGAAUGUCCAUUUUCAUUGAUAUUUUGCGACGUGCGGAUAAAAAUGACGACGGCAAGCUGUCCUUCGACGAGUUCAAGGCCUAUUUCUCCGACGGCGUCCUGACGCCAGAGGAACUCAAGGAGCUCUUCCACGCCAUCGACACCCACCACACAGACAACGUGGACACAGAUGAACUCUGUGAGUACUUCUCGCAGCACCUCGGGGAAUACAAGAACGUCCUGGCCGCUUUGGAGGACCUCAACGUGUCCGUACUAAAGGCCAUGGACAAGACCAAGAAGGAUUAUCAGGAGUCCACCCACCUGGAACAGUUUGUGACUCGCUUCCUGCUGAAGGAGACAACCAAUCAGCUGCAGUCGCUCCAGAGCUCGCUGGAGUGCGCCAUGGAGACCACGGCGGAGCAGACGCGCCGAGAAAAACAAGGUCCAGCCAAGCCGGAGGUUUUGUCAAUCCAGUGGUCGGGCCGUCGCUCCAACCGGAGACUCCAGAGGAACAACAGCCUGUCCCCCAACAACCCCAUCAUGAGUCUCGUGAACUCAGCAGGUGUUUAUGAGGAGGAGAGCCACUGGACGGUUCAGGUGAACAGGCUGCAGAAGCUCAUCGACCGCCUGGAACGGAAGGAGAUUCGUCUGGAGCCCGUUGAAGACGCCGUCCCGGAGAGCAAGCUGCACAUUCUAAUCGUGCAGAGGCAGCUUACCGUGCUGGAGGACGAGCUGGAGGAGUUCCGCGUGGCGCUCAGAAACUACAUGGAGGCUGCCACCACGCAGACCGGAUGUCUACACGUGGCCCUUCAGCGGCUGGCUAACGAGUCGCGCUUCAUCCUCUACGAAUUCUGGGAGCACAACAGUGUGUGGAAGAAUCACCUGCAGAGCAACUACAGCAAGACCUUCCAGAGGGCCAACGUGGACUUCCUGGAGACGCCCGAGACCGUCACCACCAUGCUGCUCCCCGCUUCAUGGUGGGUCCUCAACAACAACUGAGAGCAGCCCGUCACUCACAAUUGGUGCACAGACACACACACACACAGCGUAUGACGUCAUAAUGAUUAGCAUAAUUAAUUACUUCCACGGUUUCUUCUUUGUAUGAAAUAUGUAGCUGCAUUUUAGCCAGCGUGUGUGUGUGUGUGUGUUUAUGUGUGCUGAUGAUACCCUAAAAAAAACAAAAAAACAAAAACAAUGACCUCUUGACGUUCUAGUGAUCUGACGUCAUUGCACCUUGGGCACGAGUUUCAGACAUUGUAGCAGCAUAUAAUUAUAUGAAAUACAUUAUUCCAACACAUCACUGCGUUUUUUUGUGCGUAUAUACCGUUAAUAAAUCUUGAAAAACGUCAAAUAAAAAAAAGAAAGGCUA